CGUCCAUUUCAAUGUUAGAAGCUUAAACAACAUAAAAAUGGAUUAUGUUAGAUAUGUGUUUACGUCCUCUGCAGUUGAUGUUAUCUGUGUUUCCGAAACAUGGUUUCCACUUGAUGUUAGUGAUGUUCAUUUUAAUAUAAAUAAUUAUAAGAUUAUUCGAAAGUAUCGUGUCGGUAAAAAGGGUGGUGGCGUUGCUAUUUAUUGUAAGACCCACAUCAAUAUGAAACUUGUCGGCGAGUCGGAUAAUGGAGGGGUUGAAUAUUUACUUGUUGAGUUGUCUGAUCGUUUGAAAAAGUGCCUUGUUUCAUGCGUGUAUAACCCUAAUAAAUUUGUCAGUAUAAGUCCUUUGUUUGAUAAGUUGUCCAAUAUUGCUGUCGACUACGAGAAUAUUAUACUUUGCGGUGAUUUUAAUAUCAAUCUCCUUGCUGGUGAUUCAUUAUGUUCUUCGUUGCUUGAUAAUGUUGCAAGCUUAGGUCUUUCGGCUGUUAACAUCUCAAUGCCAACUAGGUACUCUCAUAAUUCUAGUCCCAGUCUUCUUGACUAUUUUAUUGUUUCUGACCGUUCUUCUGUACUAAAAUUUGACCAAAUUUCUUUUGUCUCUGAUCACGACUUGAUUUUCUGUUCUCUUGAUAUUAAUUUUAAUGGUGUAAGAGAAGAGAAACUGUAUGUAUAUCGAGACUUCCGAUCGAUUGAUUUGGAUGCUUUGUAUCGUGAACUGGACAAUGUAAACUGGUAUGACUGUUGGUAUUUCGAAUCCGUGAAUGAAAAACUUGAACAUCUAAACAACAAAUUAUUAUCUGCGUAUAAUACUUAUGUUCCAUUACGCUAUAAAAAAACUACCACAUGCCAUUGGUUUAAUGGUAAAGUGCGGGAAGCCAUCAAGUCCCGUACUAAGGCUUACCGCACUUGGAAGAGAAACCGUACAACAGCUAGCUGGGAUGCUUUCCGCGUAGCUAGAAAUAAAGCCACCUUGGUACAGGCCAAGGACAGAACUGAGUGUAUGUUAGAUGUUGAAAGUCUGAAUGAUGUGUUUCUUUGUAGUGCCUCGUCUAAUGGUUGUAUGUCACAAUUCGCCCCAAAUCCUACGUCAAUUACGUAUUUGAGCGUACCUAGAUGCAUCCUCAAAAUUAACUCAAAUGCGGUUGGCGAGGAUGGUCUGCCAAUUCGAUUUAUUAAGUUAGUUAUGCCGUUCAUCAUAAGUCCACUGACACACAUCAUUAACCACUGUUUUACCACGUCUUGUUUUCCAAAGUUAUGGAAAUCCGCUUCCAUUUGUCCAGUUGCUAAAAUCAAACAAGCAUGCUCACCUUGUGAUUUUCGUCCAAUUAGUGUUUUGCCUGCCUUGAGUCCCUAAUGUCAGAGCAAAUCAUGUCAGAUAUGUCCGAAAAGAACUUGUUAUCUCCUUUUCAAUCAGGUUUUAGAGCAGGGCAUGGUUGUUCAACUGCGAUAGUAAAAAUUCUUGACGAUUGGCGAAUUCCCUUUGAUAAUAAUGAUGUUUCCCUCCUGUGCUUGCUUGACUUUUCCAAAGCAUUUGACUCCGUAGAUCACACACUGCUCUUCUCUAAGCUUUCAUAUUAUUUCGGGUUCGGUAAAACUGCACUAUCUCUUAUGAAAAGCUACCUAACUAACUAAGUCCGUAACACGCGGUGUUCCUCAGGGAUCUAUUUUGGGCCCCUUGUUAUUUAGUGCUUUCAUAAAUGACAUAUUCAUGACAUGCCAAUAUGUAAAAAUGCAUGCAUAUGCCGAUGACAUCCAGAUAUAUUUAUCGGGUCCGUCAAGAGAUUUGCACAGACUCACAUCUGAUUUGAAUAUGGACUUAUCAUCUAUCUCGCAUUGGGCUGCUCUUAACGGCCUUUGCGAAGUCGUAUAUUCUACCUGUUUUUAAGACAAAAGUCCCUUUUAGCAGUAUUCCUUCAGUUUUUCUUGAAACCAGUCCCCUAAAAUUAAUUGAUGAAGUAACCAAUUUGGGGUUUGUUAUCAAUUCUAGCCUUAGCGGCGUUGAUCACGUUAAUUCUGUUGUGAACAAAGUAUAUGGUAUUCUAAGAAAACUAAGGCAAUCGGCAUCGUUUGUUCCGAUUCCCACUAGAAGAAAGCUUGCGCGUCAAUUAAUCUUACCUAUUAUUACUUAUGCUGAGGUGGUAUAAAGUAAGCUUGACUCCAGGUCAUCCCAUAAGAUUGACACCUUAUUUAACCAAAUCACACUUUAUGUAUAUGGAUUGCGGAAGUUUGCCAUAUUUCUGCGUGGAGAUGUAGCUUGUUAGGAUGUAAUAUCACUGAUUCAGCACAAAGACCCCUCUUUAUCUUUAUGAGAAAUUAAUUUUUCCAAAGUCUGAGCGUUCCUGUGAUCUAAUGGUGCCUUUCUUUAAAUUUAAGACCUCUACUAGACUAUUUUUCAUUAAUGCUAUACGAAUCUGGAACUCAAUUCCCGCUGCAAUUAGAAGCAAGAUCAAUAAAAGCAACUUCAAAAACAUUCUAUAUAGCUACUUUUGUAACAAUUGAUGAACCAUCUAAUAUUUAAAGUUAAUCUCUGUUAACCUAUGAAUAUAUGAUUUAUGA